AUGGGAUCAUCUAAUAAAUUGACCAGACUGAGUAGGGGGAAUCAGUUGAUUAAGGAGACAGAGAUGAAUCAGUGUGGCAGAAAACCAGAAUCAAGCUUAGCAGGUGAAAGGAGAUUGACCAUCUUUGAGGAUGUAAUGCCGACUAUCCCUGAAGCACCCCAGCAAACUUUGCUAGCAGUUGUUCAACAUAUUGAGAUGGAGAUGAGCCAGACUGAAAACCUCCAAAUAAUCAAAGCAGAUGAUGGGGACAAAGGAAAGCAAAUCAGAACUUGGAAAAGGAAACCUGCCUCUAAGGGCAGAGAGAUCAGAGAUGGAAAGGAUACCAAAAUCUUGGAUCAUAGCUGGGUUCCAGAGCUUGUUCAUAAAUGUCCACAACCUUUGGGGCACUGGAGACAGACUCUUACUUGGGUCAAUGACUUAAUGAGUGCUGAUGGAUGCAGCUGGAAUGAGCAUUUACCUACAAGGGCUUUCUCAGAAGCAGACAGGCUAGCCAUUCUUGGAGUACAGACGAUUAAACCUGAUCAAUCUGAUAGAUGGAAAUGGAGCUUGGACAAAUAA